AUGGCCAAAGCAUCUAAAUCUACUAAGAAGUUUCAAAGUAAACAUUUGAAACAUACUAUCGAACACCGUAGGGAGGUGCAAAAGCACAAUAAAAAGAUGGGCUCUAGAAAGAAGAGUAAGUCUAGCAGUAGUGACGACAGCGAAGUUACUCGUCCGAAAGGAACCCAGCCUAAGGAAGUUUUUGAAGAUAUGCCAGUAGAUGAGUUUUUUGCUGGAGGAUUUGAAGUCCCAAAGGAGAAGAAUAAGAAAUCGAAAGUGCAAUCAGACGAGGAAGACUCAUCUUCAGAAGAAGAAGAUGAAGAAGCUAUGCAACACGAUUUGAAAAACUUAGCUGACAAGGAUCCUGACUUUUAUAAGUAUUUGCAGGAGAAUGAUAAAGACUUAUUAGAUUUUGAAGGUGUCAAUCCUUUGGAUGCAAUGAGUGAAGAUGAGGAUGAUGAAGAAGAAGAAGACGAAGAGGCCCAAGAAAAGAAGACAGAGAAGCCUGCCAAAAAAUCCAAAGCUGAAGAGGCAGCUUCUAGAAAGAUUGAAAUUACACCAAAAUUAGUUAAACAGUGGCAAGAACAAUUAAACAAGCCAAGUCCAAAAACCAUCAAAAAUAUAUCUAUGGCUUUUAAAGCUGCAGUAAACAUUAAUAAUGCUAAUGAUGAAGAUUACAAAUACUCCGUCACAGACCCAAAAGCCUUUAAUGAUUUAAUGUUAUUAACUUUGAAAAAAUUACCUGAAGCAAUUCAGACGUUAAUUAAAUAUAAAGUUCACCCACAAACUGGAGCUAGAAGUAUUCCUCAGAAAAACCAGAAUGUUACUCAAAUUUCUAACAUUUUAAAGUCCCAUGCCGGAUCAUAUAUCACUUUGUUGAAGGACAUUACAAACACUGAAACGGCUGCUUUGGUUCUCUCAUCUAUCCAAGAAGUUCUUCCUUAUUACUUAUCUUACAGACGUUUAUUGAAAGAAAUUUUAUCAUCAGUAGUAAAUGCCUGGGCAACCACAAGUGAUGUCGACACUCAAAUUGCUACUUUUGCAUUCUUAAAUAAUGCUGUCAAAGAAUUUCCUAAAUCUAUUUUAGAAACAGUUUUGAAAUUGACUUAUUCUUCCCUUUUACAAAACUGUCGUAAGACUAAUAUUCAUACUAUGCCAAUGAUCAAUUUCUGUAAAAAUUCGGCAGCAGAGUUAUUUGGUAUUGAUGAAACUUUGUCUUACCAGGUUGGGUUUGAAUACGUCAGACAGUUAGCUAUACAUUUAAGAAAUAGUAUUAAUGCUACUUCCAAUGCAAAGGAAGGUUUUAAGACUAUUUAUAAUUGGCAAUAUUGCCAUUCAUUAGAUUUCUGGUCAAGAGUGUUAGCCCAACAUUGUAACCCAGAAAAGGAAUUACUCAACCAUAAGUCUAAAGAGUCACCAUUAAGACAAUUGAUCUAUCCUUUGGUUCAAGUUACAUUGGGUGCUAUGAGAUUAAUUCCAACUGCACAAUUUUUCCCGUUAAGAUUUUAUUUAAUUAGAUCAUUAAUAAGAUUGUCUCAAUCAACGGGGGUUUUCAUUCCAAUAUUCCCAUUGAUCGCUGAAAUAUUAACUUCCACUAGUAUAACGAAAGCACCAAAGCGUUCGAAUUUACAAGUUGUGGAUUUUGAUCAUAAUAUUAAAGUCAAUCAAGCAUAUUUGGGUACUAAGACUUAUCAAGAUGGAUUAUGUGAACAAUUUGUAGAGUUGACCAGUGAGUUCUUUGUAUUAUACUCAAAGAAUAUUGCAUUCCCUGAAUUGGCAACGCCAGCUAUUUUAUCAUUAAGAAGAUUCAUGAAAAAAUCCAAGAACGUUAAAUUCAAUAAACAAUUGCAACAAUUAGUUGAAAAAUUGAACUCAAACGCCACUUUUAUUUCUGGUAAGAGAUCUAAUGUUGAAUACGGCCCAUCAAACAAAACCGAAGUUCAACUCUUCUUGAAAGAUUUUAGCUGGGAGAAAACACCUUUAGGUCAAUAUGUUGUUGUUCAAAGAGAGAUGAAAGAAGAAAAAUUGAGAAUUUUAAGAGAUGCUAUAGCCGAAGAUGAAAAAGCACGUAAGGAUAAAAAGAACCAAGAUGAAGGUUCAGAUAUAGAAGUUGACGACAUUGAAGGUGACUCAGAACCAGAACUUUCUGAAUAA